GUCACCUCCCAGCUUUCUUCCUUCAUUAAUAUCCCCCACCUUGGGCCACCCAUUUGGGCCUGCCCAUUCCCCAGGCCCAACUUCGACAAAUGAAAGCUUAAUAAACUGUUUACAUCACUCCGGUUGUUUCAGCUCAACCAUGGCGGCUCUGAUUCGGCGGCGUCUGCUCGGCACGAGCGCCGAGGCGGGGAGGAGGAGGAGGAAAGGUGAGGUGAGGGAGGUGACGAAGGCGAAUUUCAAUGCGGCGGUGGAGGAGUUCAAGGCUGACCUGGCCGUGUCGGACUUUGUCGCCGUGUCGCUGCAGAAAACGGGGUCGUUUUCGGCGAGGUGGCACCGGCCGUUGCCGUUUGAUACAAACGACACGGCGUAUUUGAAAGCGAAGUAUGCGGCGGAGCGUUUUCAGGUGCUGCAGUUCGCUGCUUGCCCUUUUAGUCUAAGAGGCUCCAAGCUCAAGGCUCACCCGUAUAACUUUGUGUUGUAUCCUAGAGAUGAGCUGAAAAUGGGGAUGCCGGCUUAUAGUUUUUCAAUUCUAACGUCACAGUUGACGUCUAUGGUUCAAGAAGGGUUUGAUUUUAAUGCCUGCAUUUAUGAUGGUAUAUCAUACUUAUCUAAAGCACAGGAAUCUGCAGCUAAAGCGCGGAUAGGGAAUGCGACAUGGUCGACACCCAGCAACUAUGUAAAAGACUCUUCUGUAAUCCAUACUGUUGCUGACACAAUUUUUAUUCAGAGAAUCAAAUCACGAGUUAAGAAUUGGAUAAUUACGUGCAAGAAGUCUUGCUCAAAAGAAGAUGUGCUGGUGAGUUCCUUGAGAAAACUUGUGGUGGGGACUGAACUCUAUGGAUCGAGGCCAUACAUGGAUAUAGAUGUUUGCAGUGAGCGUCAAGUACAGCUUGCACUGGAGAUGCUAAAAGAGUUCAGUUAUGAACUUGUUCCUGUAAUAAUCCCGGCGAAGGGUGGAAGUACUAAGUCUGUUCGAGUUGUUUUGAUAAGUUCUAAAGAGGACAAGGACUUGUUUGAGAAAGAGCUUCUAAAUGGUGAGGAGGAACAAAGCAAGAGGUUUCGUGGAUUUCGUGAGGUGAUCGAUCUGAUUUCUGCUUCACAGAAACCUGUUGUCUCCCACAAUUCCCUUAAUGAUUUUACGUUCAUUUAUUCAAAAUUUAUCUCCCCUCUGCCGGCUAACAUAGAUGAGUUCACAGGCUCUUUGAGCUUAGUUUUUCCCCAUAUACUUGAUGUCAACCAUCUGAUGAAGAAUAUUGGCCCUUUAAGGAAGGUGACCAAUAUACCUGCAGCUAUCUCCUACCUCAAUAAUCAUUACUUUGCACCUAUUGAUUUGGAAACUUUGCCCCAAGAAAAUGAAGGCAAUGUUCAUAGGCAUAUUAUCGUGAAGAUCUGUUAUUUAUUUGCUAAGCUCUGCACCAUCCUGAAAAUUCCGAAGAAUGCUACGCCAUCUAACAAUCACCUUUUAGCUCCAGCCCUUGAAGAGUACGCUAACAUAUCCAAUCUCUCUGACAUUCCCCAAGAAUCAGAUGAGGAUGUCCGAAUCUGGAGUGGUAAUAUGACAAAAAUCAGCUGUGAUCAUUUGGUCUUCUUGUGGGGAUUUAGAAGUGGGUUGACUGCUGGAAUGCUCAAGAGCAUGCUGCAAAAGUCACAUGAUGUAUUCUUGGAAAACUUUGAUGUUCGGAUAGUAGAUAAGAGCUGUGCCAUUGUUGUCUUCCGGCAACCUGGUUUAUCUGAAACUUUCCUUGACGUUGUAAGUCACGCAAACAUUUCUGGAUCCUUGAAGGAGAUGGUCUCAGAGGGUCUAAGAGCAACAGAUUAUGGAACUUACAAGCGAGUCUGUAAGUUGGGCUUAUGGGAGGCAGAUCUAGCAGACUCCUUGGACAAAGCUUUAGAAGAUCCAGAGUACAGUAUGGAAGCUGAUUCAACAACAAAUCGCAGAGAAAUUCUUUGGUCGGCCGACUCCAUGAUUAAUUUCGCCAACCUCUAAUACGUACUGAUGCAGUGUUUAAAUGAAAUCAGUUUUGCUCAAGCUCACUAAUUGGUGUACAGAAGACUUUAAAACACGAAAUGAGGUCCUUAGAUUAUCAUAUCGAAAUUUCGGAAGUUUUUUUCAGCUGAUGAAAUUACUGUGUCAUGUUAGAGAUUCGACCAGGGUGUCUAAUGUAAUUGAAUUUUGUAUCGUGAACUAUUCAUAUAAUUCAAUGAAAAUAGCCCUUGAAUUUUGAGU